AUGGAAUGCCCUCAUGACGCAAAGUUGUUUGACACCACCAAUAAUAACACAAAAUUGCUGCUCGCCAGUCUUGAGGAGUUUCAGAGAUGGUAUCAGCCAAUCCAUGGAUACGUUUGCGUCGCCAUAUGCAUGUUCGGAAUUCUCACGAAUCUCGUUCAUGUUGCUGUUCUCUCAAGACCGAACAUGCGAAACUCAGCAGUCAAUUGCGUUCUGACAGCGGUGGCAAUAUGCGAUAUCGGCACAAUGGCUUCCUAUUUGAUCUACAUAGUUCAUUUUGUGUUGAGACGGGGCAACCCAUGUUCUCCAACUUUCACACACGCGUGGCUUCAGUUCCUUCUUUGGCACGUCGUGCUUAGCAUCACACUACAUACAACAUCACUAUGGCUCGCUGUGGCUAUGGCUUUUAUAAGAAGGAUGACAUUGAGGGUUACGGCACUCAACAGUCAAUGGCAACGACCGAAAUUCGCUUGGAAGCUUUGUUUGAUUGUCUAUGGUCUAGUUUUUAUCUUAUGCAUUCCAAAUAUGCUUGUGCACGAAAUCGCGCGAGUCGAAGGAGCUCGAUGGGAGCCAACUAAAAAGUGUGAUGGAUUCAAAGAAAAUCAUACUGAGCCGAUAUAUACAUUUAUGGUUAGUCGAACAGCGACAAUCAACAAUUGUAGGUUGUUCAAAUGGAACAUUUGGAUGAUUGGAAUUCUAUUCAAGGUGAUUCCUUGCAUCCUUCUUGUUUUCCUUUCAAUCGGUCUCGUAUCAAAAAUCAGAGACGCUGAACGACGUCGCCGGAAAUUGACAAGCGUUGCAUCGAACAAUUCCACCGACUCGAAACCUCUGAAAAAGAAGAGUCAUUCCGCCUCUGAUCGGACUACAAUGAUGCUGGUUGCAAUAUUAAUUGUCUUUCUGAUCACCGAACUGCCUCAAGGAAUCAUUUCGAUUCUUUGCGCGAUCUUCACAACUGAUGUUCACAGAUAUCUCUAUUUUUAUCUCGGUGAUAUUCUCGAUCUUUUGUCACUUCUCAACUCAUGUGUAAAUUUUGUACUUUAUUGUGUAAUGUCUUCAAGAUAUCGGCAAACGUUUUGGGAAGUAAUCAUACCAACACGAGCGUUUGAAUUGUGGACUCGACAUCGAGCAACAACUCAAGUAAAUAUGUCAAGAGCACAGAAUACGAGUCUAAGAGCCGCAAGGAAGCAGAGCUAUACACCCCUUGCGACGGAGCCCGACAAUGGCAAAGAUGACAGUUUCGAUGCUUCAAUGUCAGAGAAUCAGACGAGUUUUCAAGAGCACCAACUUUGA